UCCUACGUGGCUUCAGAGCCAAACAGUAAGAGGACUCCGACAGGAAUGCAUCAGCAAAAUGCGGAGUCUCGCAUUCAAAACGUCAAAUGCGUUCCCUGAUUUCUAAAUCUAAAUGUAUGGUUUUGCCAAUGAAGCUUGAGGUGAAGGGUUAGGGUUAGCUAAGUCUGCUAGUAAGUCACUAACACGUUAGCGUCAUUACAUUAGCACUGCAUCCUGUGAGGUGACACGUAUAUCUGGCACUGGUUUGUCUUCAGUCAAACAGCAUGGCAGACAUCGAGUCCUCUUUUGAAUUUAGCUCAUCUCUGACUAGCACUUCACUGCCUCCGCCAAGGACUCGAAUCUUUAAGAUUAUCGUCAUCGGAGACUCUGGAGUCGGCAAGACCUGCCUCACCUAUAGAUUCUGUGCGGGCAAGUUCCCGGACAAGACCGAGGCCACUAUCGGGGUGGAUUUUCGGGAGAGGGUUAUCGAAAUAGACGGCGAAAAAAUAAAGGUCCAGCUAUGGGACACGGCAGGCCAGGAGCGCUUCAGAAAAAGCAUGGUGCAGCAUUACUAUCGAAACGUCCACGCUGUGGUGUUCGUCUACGAUGUCACCAACGCUGCGAGUUUCCGAAGCCUUCCAUCGUGGAUCGAGGAGUGCCGUCAGCAUGCCCUGGGUCAGGAGGUGCCCAGAAUCCUGGUAGGCAACAAAUGCGACCUGCGCCAUGCUGCUCAAGUAAGCACAGACGUAGCGCAGCAGUUCGCAGAUGCCCACUCAAUGCCUCUGUUCGAGACCUCUGCCAAGAAUCCCUACGGAAACGAUGAAGGCAGUCGGAAUAAUAGUGACCAUGUUGAGGCUAUUUUUAUGACGGUAGCGCACAAGCUGAAAUCCCAGAAGCCGUUGAUGUUAAGUCAACCACCUAGUGGACUAGGAGAUACUGUCAAUCUUAGGAGACAGGAGGAUGAGGACAGGGGAAACUGGGGCUGUGGGUGCUGGAGGAGCUAAUGAAGGGAAACAUACAAGUCUGUGAUUGUGAAAGGGGAGCGGUCACCAAUUUACAGCCUGGGGACAUCUUUCAUUUUAUGGGAGAGACCCUCCUUAUGAAUCCUUGUUGUAUUUGAAUACAAAAGUGGGCCAUUAUUUUCAAGGAUAAAGCCUAUGGUUGCUUUAAAACUCUGUAAAGCUUUGACAAGUUGCAUGUAGGCCAACCUGCCUUACAUAUUCUAGCUUAGACCACCGUACGUCAGACACUUUCUCGCUCAUACGCCUUCCCGCCAUCACUGCCACAUACUUUAACAAGAUGAAUAAAUGUAUCUGCAAGAUUUACAGCGGGUUAUCGCCAUACACAAGAUGUUGCCUUUUUCAUCAUACCUAUAAAGCACGUUUCAUGCCAAAAUUAGAUCAACUGUUCAGUAAUAUAAUUUGCCUUUCGGUCAAAACUGCAAAUCUGUGUUAGUCUAUGUGUUUGUGAUUCGUUCUCAUCCAAACACGUACAGGCACUUCCUGUGAAAGUUGUCAGUUCUGUCAAGGGAAAAGACAAACCAGCACAGCCAAGCUGACAAACUGAGAUGCAAUUUUAGCAUUAGUGCGGCUAAUAGGUUUUAGAGCACCAUGGGAUGGAUUGAACAGGAAAGCAAAGAUGAUAUCCUACCCUUUCUGAAUACAUCUUUAAAGCCAGUCCUUGUCCACUGCCAAACUGUGCUAAUAUUUAUAUAUUUACUUCAAGCAGGCAUUCAGUUUAGCAAAAUUUACUGUAGGGACUUCUGGGUUAUUAAAUACUGUAUAUCAGAUCAAAAUGUAGACGUGCAAACAAUAUCCUAUCAAAAGAAUAAGGUACAAGAAUUCCGUGUCAAUAUUUCCUAUCUGCAGUCAAGCGUGUUAUGUAGUGUUGCAGAAAUAUGACUUAUCGCUCUCGUAGGCAAAAGCGAAAUAUAACUGUAAUGCAUACCACAGAUUAUCUGGCAUAACCGCAAACCAUAUGAUACAUGGCACCGGCUCUCUGCGCAUGACAUUGCUCUCAUAACGGGUAUGUUUUAAAGAAUUACUCCACUUUCAUAAAAUAAUCCGAAUAAUUUACUCACACCCAUGUCAUCCAAGAUGUUUAUGUCUUUCUUUGUUUAGUUGAGAAGAAAUAAUUUUUUUUUAGAAAAACAUUCUAGGAUUUUUCUCCAUAUAGUGGAUUUUAGUGGACUUAUAGUUUCAAUGCAGCUUCAAAGGGCUCUAAAUGAUUCCAUCAUAAGCAUAAGGGCAAAACAUUUUCGGCAAAACAUUUUAUAUGUACUUUUAAACCACAACUUCGGGUCUUGCAGUAGCCGUGUGAUGCGCCGGCUAUUGCAUAUGUGAAACACACACUAGCAGACUAUUUUAAACAAUAAACUGACACAUUAAAUAGUAUCAUUCCACAUAAUACAACUUUGGAACGGUCCUUUUUCUCCAAAGUUGUAAAGACUGGAGCUGUAGUUUCGCAUACCUCAUGCGUGACCAUAAAAAAAAAACUUCUCGACUGAUCAAAGAAAUACAUAAAAAUCUUGGAUGACAUGGGUGUGAUUAAAUCAUCAGGAUUUGAUUUUAUGAAAGUGGAGUAUUCCUUUAAUAUAUUUUACUGACAUUGUACUGGUCACUCUGUUCAAUCCAUUACGAUAAAUAUUAAUUCAGAUCUUAAAUGUAACCACAGCAGGUCCUGUGGAGUCUGUUAAAGAAACAUCAAGCAUGAAAUGGUUUUUUUUGUCUGUCAAAAAAGUAAGAGGUUUGGCAUAUAAGGCCUGGUUAACAGGCCGAUUAUCUUAAGCACUGAAUUGUUUGCCGGAGCUGAAAUAUUAGCAGCAUGUGAUUGGUUGAGGAAUUUUGCAUGGUUAUUGAUGGCCCUGAAUGAAGUGCAAAUUGUUGAAUACAUACUUGCCUAUUUGAGCUAAAUGUUUUAACACUGGGUGUUUGAAUAAUUAUUUUCUGAUGUUUUAUCACCAGAAGUAUCAAAAGGUUGCUAGGCUUGUGCUGUUGCCACUACAGUUUUGAAUUGAAUUGACACCAUUUAAUGCGUCUUUCAGACUUGAUUGUUGUAAGUUGUCUAUUUUAACACAUUACUAAUGUAGUUCACAAUGUUAUAAAGCUAGCAGGUCCCAGAAAGUUACAAAAACUAAACACUCAUAUGACAAAUAAUAUUGAUUGUGUGCUAUAUUUCUGUUAUUUUAAUUUAUUGCUGAUAAAAUUUUGAAUGUUUCUUACAUGUAUUUGCAACUGUAUGAGCCAGUUCAUGAUAUCAGUGUCAACGAUUAUAAAAUCGCAUCAUGUAAUGACAAAACUCAAGCAUGCAAAACAAGCAUCUUCUGAUACAAACCAUGUCUGUUGGGCAUGACUUGAGUGAUUCUUAUGAGGGAAAAACUGCAUAAAGAAAACAAUGUAAUCAAAGGGUUACCAAAAAUCAUACAGGUUGCGGGUUUGGUUUGGUUGAUUUUCAAUGAAUUAUUGAAGAAUAAAGCACCAAAUCUUU